AUUUAUGUCAGCUGACUUUCCGCCGGAAGGAAAAUCAUGCUGCAAUGGAAACAGCCAAACACCAGUAAGUCACUCUUUGUUUUGUGACAUGCCGACAGUCCGACUUUGAUUUCUCUUAAUAAAUAUUAAGUCGGCUGACGACAGGAAGCGCGUUAAGUCCGAAGCUAAAAUUGACAUUACGACACCGUGACUACAUCUCCACAUCCACGAUCCGGUUCACUUCAGCUGACGAACACAGGUUACUGAGGAUCUGUCCCAGUCGCCUCACCUGAUCUGACACUCCAUCAUCACCCCUACUGACCCUCUGAUCUGCCGGCAUGGCGAACACAGACUCUGUCAGCGUGCGGGUUUUCUCUCUGAACUGCUGGGGCAUCCGCUACCUAAGCAAACACUGUCCUCAGCGCUACGCCAUGAUAGGGGAAAUGCUGACCAAGGAAGAGCAUGACAUCGUCUUACUGCAAGAGGUGUGGAGUGAGAAAGACUACCUCUGCCUGAAAAAGAAACUGGCCUGCACUCAUCCUCACUGUCAUUACUUCAAAAGCGGAGUCAUCGGCAGCGGACUGGCCAUUUUCACCAAAUACAGAAUCCACGAUACGUUUGUUUAUCGCUACUCGCUGAAUGGUUAUCCUUAUAUGGCUCACCACGGAGACUGGUUCGGAGGCAAAGCUGUGGGGAUGGCCGUCUUAAACAUCGGCGGACUGACUGCAAACGUCUACGUCACUCAUCUGCAUGCUGAGUACUGCAGGGAGAAGGACUCUUAUCUACCUCACAGAGUGGUGCAGGCCUGGGAGCUGCAGCAGUUCAUUCGCUACACCUCCGCCGGUGCAGACGUGGUCAUCCUCGGCGGUGACCUCAACAUGCAUCCUCAGGACCUCGGCAACAGACUGCUGAGGUCUUACACCGGACUGCAAGACUCUUAUUUGGAAACUGCUAAAUUUGAUGGAUGCGAGGACGGCAUGACUCUGAUAGCAGGCAACCCGUUCAUCACUGAGAAGGAGCUGGGACCCUUUGAGAAGGGAAUUCGAAUCGACUACAUCCUGUUCAAGAGUUCUUCCGGGGCCGUCGUCCGCUGCGACUCCAUGUCCACCACCAAAGGCUCCGUCCCCGACCAUCCCUUCCCUUAUUCCGACCACGAGGCUCUCACCGCUGAACUGAGGCUGGAGUCCUGCAGUCCAGCUGAGACCGGAGCCGACGGACGAUCCAAGGCUCAGGACUCGACUGCAGGGCGGCUGGCUGAGCUGGUGGACAUCGUGACGGAGGCCCGGACGGAGGUCAAAGUGGGCCUUCACUGCGCUGAGAGGAUGCGCUACACGGCGGCACGCACCGGAGCGAUGGGUCUGGCUCUGCUGUUCCUGGAGCUGGCCAUCGCAGCCGUGCCCUGGCUGGCUCUGGGGGCGGAGCAGCCUUUCCCUCGUACCUCCUUCUACCUGCUGGCGGCGCUGUGCUUCGCCAUCCUGCUGACCACCUCCCUGCUCUACGUCUUCUACUCCAUGGAGCUGAAGUCUCUGCAGGGGGCCGAGGACCAGAUGAGGCUGGCCGUGGGCAGUCUGCAGGAGAAGCUCAGGGGUUUUCCUCUGGCUCAGCCUCACAAUCCCCCACGGAGGCCCCCGGAGGGCCAGGAGCCCGGCGCUUUCCCCCCCGAGGAGUGACGCAGCAGCCAAGUAGGUCAAAGAUGGAAGCCUUUCAAGUGGGCACUUUAGGAGUGAGCUCCUCUGAAUGUGUUUUAAGCUCUUAAGAUUUAGAUUUGUACCGCAGAGCAACGAACUGUGAUCGAAGGGCAUUUCUGAAAGUAGUGCAGGACACGUGCUUUGACAUUUUAUACUUUUUAUAUACUCAUCUGUAGGCUUUUAUCACCCACAAGAUUUCACUCCAUGCACCCACAUGAAAAUGAUUCCUGUUUUUUUCAGAAAUACAGGGUGUCCAUAAAGUCUCUUUGCAGUUUUAGGAAUUUAUUCCAAAGGUAAGAUAUCUUAACCGUCCUUUUGUCGUCAUUUACAGGCACCAAAAAAUAUUGUUUCCUUGAAUGAAAAAAAUCCAAAAAUUCAGCAAAAAAUUCCCCACAUUUUUAAAAAAAAUUUGUGGAAUCUUCAGGAAGAAAAUUUCAAUAAUUUCUUGAAAGUUUCCCAUAACCCUGAUGUCGUCCUGCAGGUCAAACUGACCCGUUUUAAGGUUUGAAAAUGUGGGGAAAAAAAUAAUUCACAAUGAAACUUCUGAUGUCCACAUUUUUGACAUUUUUGUGAAAUCUUUGAACAUUUUUUGGUGGGAAAAAUAUUGUUAAAAAUGUUUAAGAACAUUCACCAAAAAAAUCAACAAAAAUCCAGCAAAAUUCUCUGCAUUUUGAUUGAAUUUUUUGUGAAUGUUCCAGAAGAGAAAAUAUUAAAGUUUUGCUUUAGAUAUUUUUAGGAUUUUUUUGGAAGAUAUUUAUCCUUUUUUGAAAAUAUUUACAAUUUUUAUUUAUUUUUUUGUUUUAUUUUUUAAUUUUUAUUUCUUGCCAAAUUUGGGGAUUUUUUUUUCAAAAAUAAAACUUUUAACCCUCCUGCCGUCCUCAUUUUUUGGGGACCAAAAAAUAUUUUUCUUUUGUCUGAAAAAAAAAAAAUCACCAAAAAAAAUCCCCAAAUUUAUAAAAAAAAAUCAAUAUCUUCAGGAAAAAAUUCCAACAAGUCCCUAAACAUUUCCCUUAAAAGUUUUAUUUAAAAUAAGUCACACAUUUGGGAAGAAAUAGAAAUUUUUAAAAAAAUGUAAAUAUUUUGAAAAAUAUGAAUAAAAGUCUUCCCAAAAAAAAUCCUAAAAAAUAUCUAAAGAUCUUACAUAUAUAUCAGUAAAUGUUCUAAUAUUUUCUUUACAAACAUUCAGAAAAAAAAUCUACCAAAAUGUAGAUUUUUUUUCUGAAUGUUCCUAAAGAAGCAUUUUAUUAAACGCUUCUUUUCUCCACCAAAAAAUGUUCAAAAAAUUUUGAAAGUGUUUACGUUUUCACUGUGAACGUCCAUAUUUUUUCCCCAUAUUUUCAAACUUUAAAAUGGGUCAAUUUGACCCGCAGGACGACUCGUAAAUUAGACCGUUGGUGUUUGCAUUCCAGCCAGCAGUAGUUCCACUGGGACCAGCUGUUCCUGUUUCCCCUUUUUGUGGUCUCUGGAACCCACAACACAGACAGAUGUGUGGGUUCAGUCUGUAACCGUUGAUGUGCUCAGAUACCGAUGGAAGAAAGCCGUGUGGUCUCACCGCACAGAAGACACUCCGAAGAAUGAAGGUUCAGAUUUGCUCAGUAACUUUUGUUUUUGUUUUUUUGUUUUUUUUGUCUGGAGGACCGCUGACUGAAAGCCUCCAGUAGUACUGUAUGAUAAAGAUCUUCAUGCACUGUUUAGGGCGUUAUUUAGUGUAGGAAAAGAAGCAAAAUCUAUCUGCAUGUCUCACUUCACAUGUGCACUAUUUCUAAAGAAAAUCUACACUAAUCUCCCAUUUCUGAAUACUGCUCUGAACCCUCCUGUUCUCAUUUACGGGCACCAAAAAAUAUUGUUUCCUUGUCUGAAAAAAAUCCAAAAAUUCAGCAAAAAAAAAAAAUUCCCCAAAUUUCAAAAAAAUUGCAAAGCCUUCAGGAAGAAAAUUCCAUUAAUUCCUCAAAAAUUUCCCUUGAAAGUUUUAGUUUAAGACAUCAACCAAAUUUGGCAAGAAAAUUCUAAAUGUUUUCAAAAAAAAUGAGUAAAAAUCUUCCAAAAAAUCCUUAAAAUAUCUAAAAUGAUUGCAUAUAUAUCAGUAAAGCUUCUAAUAUUUUUUUUAAAUCAACCAAAAUCCAGCGAAAUUCGUUGGUUGAUUUUUUUUUUGAUGAAUGUUCUAAAAAAAAACAAAAAAUUUUUUAGUGAUUCUUUUUUUCCCACCAAAAAAUGUUCAAAAAUUUCCCGAAAAUGUGGACAUAAGUUUCACAUGUAUGUUUUUCCAGUGAAAACUUCAACAUUUUCAGGAAAUUUUUGAAAAUUUUUUGGUUUAAAAAAAAAAGGAAUCUCUUUGAAUUUGAAGGAAUUUCUUUGAGAACAUUCUUUUAAAAAAUCAACCAGAAUCCAGCGAAUGUCGGAUGUGAAGAAAAUAUUAGAAGUUUUUCUGACAUACACACGUGGACAAAAUUGUUGGUACCCCUCAGUUAAAGAAGGAAAAACCCACAAUUCUCACUGAAAUCACUUGAAACUCACAAAAGUAACAAUAAAUUAAAAUUCAUUGAAAAUUAAAUAAUCAAAAUCAGCCAUCACUUUUGAAUUGUUGAUUAACAUAAUUAUUUAAAAAAACAAACUAAUGAAAUAGGGCUGGACAAAAAUGAUGGUACCCAUAACUUCAUAUUUUGUUGCACAACCUUUUGAGGCAAUCACUGCAAUUAAACGAUUUCUGUAUUUGUCAAUGAGCGUUCUGCAGCUGUCAACAGGUAUUUUGGCCCACUCCUCAUGAGCAAACAGCUCCAGUUGUCUCAGGUUUGAUGGGUGUCUUCUCCAAAUGGCAUGUUUCAGCUCCUUCCACAUAUGUUCAAUGGGAUUCAGAUCUGGGCUCAUAGAAGGCCACUUUAGAAUAGUCCAACGCUUUUCUCUCAGCCAUUCUUGGGUGUUUUUGGCUGUGUGUUUUGGAUCGUUGUCCUGUUGGAAGACCUAUGACCUGCGACUGAGACCAAGCUUUCUGACACUAGGCAGCACAUUUCUCUCCAGAAUGCCUUGAUAGUCUUCAGAUUUCAUCGUACCUUGCACACUUUCCAGACACCCUGUGCCAGAUGCAGCAAAGCAGCCCCAAAACAUUACUGAGCCUCCUCCAUGUUUCACCGUAGGGACAGUGUUCUUUUCUUCGUAUGCUUGGUUUUUGAGUCUAUGAACAUAGAGUUGAUGUGCCUUACCAAAAAGCUCCAGUUUGGUCUCAUCUGUCCAAAGGACAUUCUCCCAGAAGCUUUGUGGCUUGUCAACAUGCAUUUUUGCAAAUUCCAGUCUGGCUUUUUUAUGAGUUUUUUUCAGCAGUGGUGUCCUCCUUGGUCGUCUCCCAUGAAGUCCACUUUGGCUCAAACAACGACGAAUGGUGCGAUCUGACACUGAUGUACCUUGGCCUUGGAGUUCACCUUUAAUUUCUUUGGAGGUUGCUCUGGGCUCUUUGGAUACAAUUCCAACGAUCCGUCUCUUCAAUUUGUCAUCAAUUUUCCUCUUGCGGCCACGUCCAGGGAGGUUGGCUACUGUCCCGUGGGUCUUGAACUUCUGAAUAAUAUGAGCCACUGUUGUCACAGGAACUUCAAGCUGUUUAGAGAUGGUCUUAUAGCCUUUACCUUUAAGAUGUUUGUCUAUCAUUUUUUUUCGGAUGUCCUGGGACAAUUCUCUCCUUCGCUUUCUGUUGUCCAUGUUCAGUGUGGUACACACCUUUUCACCAAACAGCAGGGUGACUACUUGUCUCCCUUUAAAUAGGCAGACUGACUGAUUAUGAGUUUGGAAACACCUGUGAUGUCAAUUAAAUGACACACCUGAGUUAAUCAUGUCACUCUGAUCAAAUAGUUUUCAAUCUUUUAUAGAGGUACCAUCAUUUUUGUCCAGGCCUGUUUCAUUAGUUUGUUUUUUUAAAUAAUUAUGUUAAUCAACAAUUCAAAAGUAAUGGCUGUUUUUGAUUAUUUAAUUUUCAAUAAAUUUUUAUUUAUUGUUACUUUUGUGAGUUUCAAGUGAUUUCAGUGAGAAUUGUGGGUUUUUCCUUCUUUAACUGAGGGGUACCAACAAUUUUGUCCACGUGUGUAUAUGUAAUGACUUAAGAUAUUUUUAGGAUUUUUUGGAAGAUUUUUACUAUUUUUAAAAAAAAUAUUUACAAGAAUGCCAAAUGUAGGGUAUUUUUAAUUAUUAUAUUUUAUUAAACAUUUAAAGGAAAUCUUUGAGAGAUAAUUGAAAUUUUCUUCCUGAAGGUUUUGCAAAUUUUAAAGAAAUUUGGAGAAUUUUUUGCUGAAUUUUUGGAUUUUUUUCAGACAACAGGAGGGUUAACUCUGAUCUGAUGUGAUCACAGGAGUCACCAGUUCUAAAUACCACAUUAAAAAUCUAAUUUGCCUCUAGUGUUCUGUGCAUUUAGCUGACCACUUCCUUGUAUGUAUCCUAGGAGUUUACUUAAUGAUUUAUUUUGCUGUAGAACCGUGCUGUGACUCAACGUGAGCCUGACAAUGACUGACUUAUUUCAUGAUUGUGUUAAUUUCCGCCUCAGUGUAACAGCAGUUCUUUGUUAGUUCGUUUCAUUAAGUCUGAUGUUCAUUCCAUCUGAAAACUGUGACGGGCAUGAUCGCCAAAGCAAUAAUAAAGACUUGCUUCUGGACUGCUA